AUGCUGUCAAUUAUUGACUUGAGUAUACCGUCAUUUGAUAGACCUUUUGGUUUAUACUUAUGGCCAAUAUUUAGUUAUGUAUUCGAGCAAUUUAUUGGCUAUCCAGCGGAAGAUUUUAAAUUUAUUUAUCACAAAACAUUUUUGGCUAAUGGUUACCAUGCUAUUGGUAUAAUAAUUGGGUACUACAUCGUCAUCUUUGGUGGCAGAUGGUUAUUGGCAAAGUUGAGGGCCCCAGCUUUCAAAUUGAAUUUCCUUUUUCAAGUGCAUAAUCUUGUCCUCACGGUUAUUUCGUUGGUUCUUUUCUUAUUGGUUGUGGAACAGAUUGUUCCCAUUCUCUAUCACCAUGGGUUAUUCUAUGCUAUCUGUAACGAGAAUUCUUUUGCUCCAAAACUAGUAACCUUAUACUAUUUAAAUUAUUUAACGAAGUACUUGGAGCUUAUUGAUACUGUGUUCUUGGUUUUGAAAAAGAAAAAGUUAAUGUUCUUACAUACGUAUCAUCAUGGUGCUACAGCCUUACUUUGUUAUACACAAUUGACAGGUUCCACUUCAGUUGAAUGGGUACCUAUAUCUUUAAAUUUGGCGGUUCACGUUGUCAUGUACUGGUACUACUUCUUAAGUGCAAGAGGUAUUAGAGUCUGGUGGAAGGAAUGGGUUACCAGGUUCCAAAUCAUACAAUUUCUCAUAGAUUUGGUCUUUGUCUACUUUGCUACUUAUACGCAUUAUGCUUUUGCCUACUUCCCAUCGUUGCCGCGCGUGGGAGACUGUUAUGGAUCCGAAUUGGCUGCUGCAUAUGGAUACUUGAUCUUGACAAGUUACUUGGUGUUAUUCAUUUCGUUUUAUAUCAAGGUAUAUAAAAAGGGUGGUAAGAAACCAACUAAGGAUGGUGUGAAGGAUAAUGCAACGACUGCAACCGCCAAGUCCUCUGCUGUCCCUUCAAAGGCGAAGGCCAGAUCCAGAAAAGCAUAA